CUGUAUCACAGCAAUGAAGAUCAUGGUAGAACAAGACUAAAGACUGGCCAGAUCGGCUCACUGCCUCCAGCCCGGGGACCUCCUGAUUGCAGCCGGAGCUCCUCUCUCUGGUUAGGAAUAUGAGGAUCUGCCUACAGCCAGCAGCUCCUUGAUGUCCUCUCCUGGGAUCGUAUUGUCCUUUGAUUAGAAGAAUCGGGGAGGAGAAGCAGGCUGCCUGGGAGAUCCUGACAUGAGCAGGACAUGGAGGGAAGAGCUUGGCCCCUCCAGCCUGAGAGGUGAGAGGGGCAUCCGAGGCUAGAGCCAUCGAAGGGUGGACACCCCAUGCAUUCCAGUGUGUCAUUCUGCAUGCACGCUUCCUGCUACUGCACCUUGUCAUUGUGCCUGCUGGAGGAGGAGGAGGAGGAGGAGGUGCGCCUCAUCUGAUACAUAGCACCACCAUGCUGCCCGGAGUCGGGGUGUUCGGCACCAGCCUGACCUCCAGGGUGAUCAUCCCUCUGCUCAAGGAUGAAGGCUUCUCGGUCAAGGCUCUGUGGGGUCGGACCCAGGAAGAGGCUGAGGAACUGGCCAAGGAAAUGAGUGUCCCCUUCUAUACCAACCGCAUCGACGACGUCUUGUUGCAUCAAGAUGUGGAUCUGGUCUGCAUCAACCUACCGCCACCUCUCACCAAACAGAUUGCAGUCAAAACCCUAGGGAUCGGAAAGAACGUCAUUUGUGACAGAACAGCAACGCCUCUUGAUGCUUUCCGCAUGAUGUCGGCGGCCCAUUAUUACCCGAAGUUAAUGAGCAUCAUGGGAAAUGUGUUACGGUUUCUGCCUGCUUUUGGAAAGAUGAAACAGCUGAUUCAGGAGGGAUACGUGGGGGAGCUUCAAGUAUGUGAAGUACAGGUUCACAGUGGAAGCCUCUUGGGAAAGAAGUAUAAUUGGAGCUGUGACGACCUUAUGGGCGGAGGUGGACUGCAUUCUGUGGGUAGCUACAUAAUUGAUCUGCUGACGUUCCUGACCAGCCAGAAAGCAGUAAAGGUCCAUGGGCUUCUGAAAACAUUUGUGAAGCAGACAGACCAUAUAAAAGGAAUACGCCAGAUAACGAGUGAUGACUUUUGUACAUUUCAGAUGGUUCUGGAAGGUGGCGUUUGCUGUACAGUUACUCUAAACUUCAAUGUCCCCGGGGAAUUUAAACAAGACAUUAUAGUUGGUGGAUCAGCUGGUAGACUAAUGGUAUUGGGGACGGACCUCUACGGCCAAAGGAACACUUCACUGGAGAGAGAAUUACUGUUAAAAGAUUCUACACCUGUCAGCAACUCCCUCUUGCCUGAAAAGGCCUUUAGCGACAUACCUUCUCCUUACCUGAGAGGGACUAUUAAAAUGGUACAGGCUGUGCGGCAAGCAUUUGAAGACCAGGAAGACAGAAGAACAUGGGAUGGCAGGCCGCUUACAAUGGCAGCCACUUUUGAUGACUGUCUGUAUGCUCUGUGUGUAGUAGACACUAUAAAAAAAUCAAACCAGACUGGUGAAUGGCAAAAUAUAGUAAUAAUGACAGAGGAGCCUGAGUUAAGCCCUGCCUAUCUAAUAAGUGAAGCUAUGCGCCGGAGUCGUAUGUCUUUGUACUGUUAGCAGCCAUAGGUGACCAAAUCUGGAACCGUUUGUAAAUAACUGCUGAUUGACAUGCGUACAUGUACCAGGCCUAUGGUACAAGUUCGUGUUAUAACUUAUGCAUCUCUGUAUAACUGCUGUAGUUGGAAAGGAACUGAACUUUCCAUCACAGACAAGCUGUGAACAUUUAUGAGAAUGUAUUUUACCAUGGGGUAUUUAGCCACAAAUGCAUAACUUUAUUUGCCUUUGAGCUUCAGAAAUGGCUCACCACUGCAGAUAUGUUCAUUUUUUAAUAAGAUUAGUUUUUUCUUUUA